GACGGUCGUUGUGAAAAAAAAAAGAGGGUCUUUCGGAUGGAUGUGCGUGCGUCGGGCGUCUCCCCCCCGAAUAGCAGCAGCGGCGGCGGUGGGAGGGAACACGGCGCGAGCGAGAAGGGAUGCGCGGCGGGAGGAGACGGGCGCGCGAGAGAGACGGAUUAAAAAACGACGAGUGGGAGAAGGGCUGCCCCGCCGCCGAAGCGAAUUGCGGGCGGCCACGGUUGUGAGGAAACGUCGGUAGCGGGUCGGAGGGUGGGGCGGAAACCAUAAUGACGAAGAGGUUAUAGGAGAAGAAGGAUGCCAAAGAGGCGGCGGCGGCAGCGCAUCCCUACUACGGCCUACGGGUGUACGUUCGAAGGCGACUACUAACACGUACACCGUACACGAUAUACACCGCUGCGCGUACAUGCAAACGCUCUAAACGUUGACCUGUGGGACGCUAACCUCGGCGCGUGAGACACUUCAGUGGUUGCCAAACUCACGUCUGUCCGGUUCGUCGCCGAGCCGUAUUGUUAUUAUCGCGCACGCGCGAGUAGUAUACAAUUGCACUCGGUUCAGUGUCAGGCAGUUACCAAGCUACCGCUGGGCGCUGACCAGCAGCGGAAAAACUGAUCCUAUCACGAGUAAAACCAGCGGUAGAACAGCAAUUAGAGAAAACUAAACCAUUAAAUCAUAAAAUAACCGCUAAGGAUUUCAUCGAGAAAAGAGACUACAUUGGUGCUUUAACCAUUUUAAAAUUUGAUAUAGAAAAAUCCAAACAAGAUGUGGAAUUAGAACUAUGGCUAGCAUAUUGUUAUUUUCAUUUAGGUGAUUAUAAUAACGCAAUGUUAAUUUACAAAAGUCAUAUCAAAAAUUCAGGAAUAAAACAUUUGUUUGUCAAUUUGGCUUGUUGCUAUUUUUAUUUAGGCAUGUACCCAGAGGCUGAGGAAGUAUUAGAUAAGUCCAACAUCUCCGACGUAAAAAUUCGAUUGCAAUUUCAUCUGUCACAUAAACAAGGUGACGAAAAAAAGCUUAUGGAGUAUCAUGAACUUUUAGCGGAUGUGGUUGAAGAUCAAUUAUCAUUAGCAGCUAUACAUUAUCUUAGAUCACAUUACCAAGAAGCUAUUGAUAUAUAUAAAAAGUUAAUGAUCAAUAAUCGACAUUUUUUGGCACUGAAUGUUUAUAUGGCUCUUUGUUAUUAUAAAUUAGACUUUUAUGAUGUCUCUCAAGAAAUUCUAGAUGUUUAUAUGAAAAAAUAUCCAGAUUCUAUGAUAUUAACUAAUUUAAAAGCUUGCAAUUUGUACAAAUUAUAUGAUGGUAAGGCUGCUGAAUCAGAAUUGAAAAAUCUUAUUGCGAGAAGAUCAUCAACAUUUAAGUUUUGUGAAGAUUUGAUUAAACAUAACAUGGUUGUUUUUCGCGAAGGAGAAGGUGCUUUACAAGUGUUGCCAACUCUUGUUGAUAUCCUUCCAGAAGCCCGUCUUAAUUUGGUAAUAUAUUAUUUGAGACAAGGAGAAAAUGAAGAAGCCUAUGAGUUAAUUAAAGAUUUGGAGCCAGCUAUUCCCCAAGAAUAUAUCUUAAAAGCUAUUGUUAAUGUAGUUGUUGGUCAAGAAAAAGGAGAUACCAAGCAAAUCAAUAACGGACAGAGUUUAUUCAAUAUGGUAGGAAGUAGUUCCAGUGAAUGUGACACAAUACCAGGUCGGCAAUGCAUGGCUUCCUCUUUAUUUUUAGAAGGGCGUUAUGAUGAAGUUAGCUUAUAUCUAAGUUCAAUAAAAAGCUAUUUUUCAAAUGACGAUAGUUUUAAUUUUAAUUUUGCUCAGGUGAAAUUAUCGCUAGGUGAGUACAAAGAAGCAGAAGAGAUGUAUUUACAAGUAAAAAGCAACAAAAUACGAGAAAGUUUUAUUUACAUAAACCAUUUAACACAUUGUUUCAUUAUGAAUAAAAAGUCGCAAUCAGCAUGGGAUUUAUAUUUGAAAAUAGAAAAUUCACAAGAUUCAUUGAUAAUAUUGCAGUCAAUCGCAAAUGAUUGUUAUAAAACUAAUCAGUUUUGGCAAUCAGCAAAAGCAUUUGAUAUGCUCGAAAGGUUAGAUUUAUUACCUGAAUAUUGGGAAGGAAAACGAGGUGCUUGUGCCGGCAUAUUUCAACAAAUUGUUCUUGGCAAUCAACCACAAGAUCAGAUAGCUGAUGUUAUACAUUUAUUAAGAAAUUCAGCAAAUUCUCAAGUUGAACAAAUGAUAAAAAUGAUGAAGAAAUGGGCGAAAAAUAACAAAGUAGUUGUUUAGAUUUAUCCAUGAUAUAACCUAAAUAAGUGGGUGCCUAAAAAUUAUUACACCUUAUAACCUUAUUGUGGCAUAUUCUUAUUAUAUAUUAUGUCUAAAACUUGUAAGUUUUAAAUAUUAAAAUAUGUAUAGCAACUAGCAAAUUAUGAUUAAUAAUA